AUGUGCACGCGUGCAGAGAAACGAGAAAUGAAGAUCGAGAACUUUUCUUUUUGUUCUUUUUCUUUUCUUUCUUUCUUUCGUAUCUAUUUCUUUUCAUUCUUUUGUUUCUUUUCUUACCUAAUUUGCCGGCGUUCUCGUCUUUUGUUUUUUGCUUUCUUUUUUUUCUUUUUCCUUUAUCUAUUUCCUUUCUUUCGUUCUCGUCUUUUCGUUCUUUUUUUUUUUCUUUUUUUUUACUUAUCUAUUUUGCCUUUUCUUUAUUUUUUCUUUCUUUUUUUUCUUUCUUUUUCUAUUUGCCCGGCGUUUCGUCUUUUCGUUCUUUUCUUUUUUCUUUUCUUUUCUUACUUAUUUGCAUUUACUCGUCUUUUCGACGUUACUCGUCAUUUUUUCUUUUUUUCGUUCUUUUUUUUUUCUUUCUUUUCUUUUCUAUUUACGGCGUUACUCGUCUUUUCGUUCUUUUUUCGUUCUUUUUUUUCCUUUCCUUUCCUAGUUUUCUUUCUUUUUUCUUUCUUUUUUAUUUUUUCGUUUUUUCUUUUACUUUUCUUUUCUUUUUUCUUUCUUUUUCUUUCUUUCUUUUCUUUUUUUCUGAUUUUCUUCUUUCUUUUCUUUCUUUUUCUUUCUUUCUUUUCUUUUUCUUUUUUCUUAUUUGCAUGUAUUUCAUUUCUUUGUCGUUUCCUUUGUCUUUUCUUUCUUUCUUUCUUUUCUUUCUUUUCCUUUUCUUACCCUUUCGUUUUUCUUUUUCUUUGUCUUUUUUUCUUUCUUUCUUUCUUUCUUUCUUUUUUCUUUCAUAAUUCUCAUUUCUUCUCCCUGACCGACGUUUUUUCUUUUUUUUUCCUUCCUUCCUUCCUUUCUUUCUUUCUUUUUUUUCUUUUUUUUCUUUUCUUUUUCCAUGUUUUUGUUUGA